UUAGAGAAUAGCACUGUCGAGUUUAUAUCGUAUAAAAACCGGGGAGACAAAAGCCCGUCCUUCUUUCAUCUUCUUCAGUUUCUUCUGACUGAAAGAAACGCACGUACCCAAAAUUCAGUUUUUAUUUGUACAAACGAAAACCAAAACAGGCAAAAGCUUCAAUUUGCAAUUAUACAAAAAUCCCUAAUCUUGGAUUUUUAACGACAAGAAAAGAAUAAAAUUUUACACUUUAUUGUGUGCUGGCAUCCAGAGCAUGCUACAUUACUGAAUGGCGAACAACCCUCCAUAUUCCAGUAUGCAGCCUCUUCAGCCUCCCUUGGUCGGCUCCAUGGAUCCUCCCCGAAAUUUUGUCCCACCCAUGCCUAUGCAAUUUCGCCCGGUUGUUCCAGCGCAGCAGUCACAGCAGUUCAUUCCUGUGGCUUCUCCACAUUUUCAGCCUGUUGGCCGAGGUGUCCCUUUCAUGAAUGCUGGAUUGCCUUCUCAACCGCCGCAGUCCCAAUUUCCUCCAUCUGUGCAGCAAUUUCCAUCAAGGCCCGGACAACCAGGCCACGGUCCACCUCCAUCACAGGUCAUUUCAUUGCCAAAUGCUCAGGCAAACAGGCAUGUUACAUCUGGAUCAUCACUGCCUCCACCUAGUGUUCCAACUUCAAUUAACUAUGCGCCCGGUUUAGGUGGCCCAGGAGCACCUCUCUCUUCUUCGUAUACUUUUGUGCCAUCAUCUUAUGGGCAACCACCAGUGGCUGCUAAUACUGUAAGUCAGUAUCAGCCAAUAUCUCAAAUGCGUCCGCCGAGUAUUCCUGCUGGUGGACUGGCUGGGUCAUCAUCCGUAAAUCAGAGCAUUACUCCUGUUACACCUAUGCAGCUUAAUGGGGAACAAUCUUCAGUUACCAAUGGUGGUGUUCUGGCAACAGAUCUCCAUCCUACAAAGCCCAAUGAAGAGACCACAAUGGACUGGAAGGAGCAUUUAGCUGCUAACGGAAGGAGGUAUUAUUACAAUAAGAGGACAAGACAAUCUAGUUGGGAGAAGCCUUUUGAGUUGAUGACACCAAUUGAGAGAGCAGAUGCUUCAACUGAAUGGAAGGAAUUUGCAAGUCCUGAGGGAAGAACGUAUUACUACAACAAGACUACCAAGCAGUCAAAAUGGGAAAUCCCUGAAGAAUUGAAGUUGGCCCGCAAGCGACUUGAAAAGGCAUCUCUAGUGGAAGCACAGGCUGAUACCUUGGCAAAUUCUCAUGUCCCAGCUUUUGUUCCUCCAUCUGUGGAUAAAGCACCAUCUGUAGCAGAUGCUUCAUCUUUAACAGCUCAAGUAACACCUUCCAGCCCAGUUCCGGUCACUCCUGUUGCUGCUGCUGUUGAUUUGCAAUCUCAGCCAGCUUCUGAAUCACCAGGCUUAGCUGUUAUGGCAUCUUCUCUAACUAGCAACUCAGAUGAAGUUCAGACAACUGAGAAUAUUGUUUCUACUGUUUCUGGAAGUUCUGAAGUAACUGCGACAGGGGUUGAUAUCUCAACUGCACCAAUGAACAACUCCAGCAGCUUUUUAAGUCAAGAUAAUUCUAGUUCUGCAAAUAAUGCUAUUUCACAAGAUAAAGAGGAAGCAUCAAAAGAUGUAGCAGGAAGUGAAAAAGUCAAUAGUAUUGGAAUUGAAGAAAAAAUAGUUAGUCAGGAGCCCUUAACUUACACUGAUAAGCUGGAGGCAAAGAAUGCAUUCAAAGCACUUCUGGAAUCUGCAAGUGUUGGGUCUGACUGGACCUGGGACCAGGCCAUGAGAGUGAUAAUUAACGACAGAAGAUAUGGUGCACUGAGAACACUUGGAGAGCGGAAGCAAGCAUUUAAUGAGUACUUGAGUCAGAAGAAAAAGCAGGAUGCUGAAGAAAGGCGGAGUAAGCAGAAAAAAGCAAGGGAGGAAUUCAAGAAUAUGCUGGAAGAGUCUAAAGAGCUGACGUCAACCAUGAGAUGGAGCAAAGCAGUGACAUUAUUUGAAAAUGAUGAGCGUUUUAAAGCUGUUGAACGAGAAAGAGACCGCAGAGAUAUAUUUGAUUCUUUCUUGCAGGAACUUGGAGAUAAGGAACGAGCGAAGGCGCAGGAAGAGCGCAAGCGGAAUAUUAUGGAGUAUAGGCAGUUUUUGGAAUCUUGUGACUUCAUUAAGGCAAGUACACAAUGGCGAAAAGUUCAAGAUCGGUUGGAGGCAGAUGAAAGGUGUUCUCGUCUUGAAAAAAUUGACCGUUUGGAAAUUUUCCAGGAUUAUUUACGUGAUUUGGAGAAGGAAGAGGAGGAGCAGAGGAAGAUCCAGAAGGAAGAACAGAGAAAGGCAGAGCGUAAAAAUCGUGAUGAAUUCCGCAAGCUGUUAGAAGAACAUGUUGCAGCAGGCACUAUGACAGCUAAAACUCACUGGCGUGAUUACUACUUGAAGGUUAAAGAUUUACCUGCAUAUUUAGCUGUUGCAUCAAACACCUCAGGUUCAACUCCAAAAGAUCUGUUCGAAGAUGUUUUAGAGGAGCUAGAGAAACAGUAUCAUGAGGAUAAAUCUCGUAUUAAGGAUGCUGUGAAAUUGAAAAAGGUUGCUAUGGCAUCGACCUGGACACUUGAUGAUCUUAAGGCUGCCAUUGUGGAGGAUAUUAGCUCACCAUCUAUAUCAGACAUGAACCUAAAGAUAGUAUUUGAUGAAUUGCUGGAAAGAGCAAAGGAGAAGGAGGAGAAAGAAGCAAAGAAGCGUAAACGUCUUGCGGAUGACUUUCUUAAUUUAUUGCAUUCUACUAAGGAUAUAACUGCAUCUUCAAAGUGGGAGAGUUGUAAAGAACUUUUUGAAGGUAGCCGAGAGUUCAGUUCUAUCAAUGAAGAGAGUAUCUGCCAGGAUAUAUUUGAGGAGUACAUAGCUCAAUUGAAAGAACAUGCAAAGGAGAAUGAGAGGAAACGGAAGGAGGAAAAGGCAAAAAAGGAAAAAGAGAGAGAGGAAAAAGACAGGAGAAAGGCUAAGCAUAGAAGGGACAAAGACAGAGGACAUGAAAGGGAAAAGGAGCACAUGAAGAAGGAAGAAGCAGACACUGGAAGUGCUGAUACAACAGAUGAUCAUUUUAAUAAUGAUAACAAAAGAUCAGUGAAUGACAGUAACAAAAAACAAAGGAAGAGGCAUCAUGAUGCGGAGGAUGAUCUAAAUGAGAGUGAGAAAGAUAGGUCUAAGAGUUCCCAUAGGCAUAGUAGUGACCACAAAAAAUCAAAAUGGCAUGCCUCCACUCCUGAUUCAGAUGGUGAAAGCAGGCAUAAGAGGCAUAAGAGAGAUCAUCGUAAUGGUUCUCGUAGAUAUGGCGAUCAUGAAGAGCUUGAAGAUGGGGAGUUUGGCGAGGAUGGGGAAACUCGGUAGUUAUCUCAUCCUACAGGUGAAUUUCUUAUGCAACAUUUGGAGGAGGCAUGAUAUGCAACUGAUCUGCCUAUGCUAAAAUACCUUUUUGACGCUCCAAUCUGCUGUGGUUGUUCGGUUGUCUCAGAAGCAAGUCCAUGUCUGUGAGCUUUGUGGCAGUUGAAAUCCUGCCGGCCGAGAUUAGGGCGAAUGAACUUGUAUAAUAUUAACUUCAGGAUCUUUUUGGUGCUGAAAAUCCUCUUCUUCAAAUUGCUCCUUGAUAGUCUUCUUUGGUGGUUGUUCAACACCAUCCUUUCUGAAAGAUAAAUGUCCAAUAUAAAGGGUUCCUGUUGCUCUUGGAGAUGCUCCCUUAGUUGUUUUGAUGAAGAAGCAGCCAUUUACAUCCUUCAGAAUUCAGUGCUAGAUUUGGUGGAGAAGGUGACCUGCAAUGUGUUAGAUGGAAUUGACAGGGUAUGUCUGUCAAAUUGAAGGCUAUAUAUGAGCAGGUGAUGUGGUGUUUUGGAGACUUAAACAGCUUAGGCGGAGUAGGUCUGAGCAAGAUUAUUGGAUUUUGUGGUCUAAUCUUGUGGCCUCAUCAAUCAAUAAUGACAUUGCCAAUUCCUCAACUUUUGGCUGUUCCCAAUCAAUCACUGGGUUCCAUUGACUCUGCAUCAACAUAUAUACAAAAAUAAAAUAAAAUCCUACAUGAUAAUAUCCUAAAGUUUGUAUGGUCUCUUGCAGCUUUGUCUUGUGUGAACAACCACAAGGCAAAUUGAAUGUCUACACAUGCAUGAUGGUAGUCUGUCUGUCUACGAUCUAAGGAAAUUCUUUCAUUUUUCA